CCAGCAGGAAUACGCUCACGCCAUUGGUUCGCAACGUCAAUCCGGGCUCCGUCGUAAAGCCAGUUUAGUAGCCGAAAGGUACCAAGAUGGCGGAGGCUUCCUUGGGAAGUACAAGCCCAGUUGGCUCUUUGUCAUCGGAAGAUCACGAUUUUGACCCGACGGCAGAAAUGCUGGUGCACGAUUUUGAUGAUGAGCGUACGCUAGAGGAAGAGGAGAUGAGGGAGGGCGAGUCAAGCGGGAGCUCGGAAAUCGAUGAUCUGGAGAAGGAGGGGAGCAUGCCGUUGGAAGAGCUGCUGGCGUUGUACAGAUAUGAAGCUGCAGACAGUACUGUCGGAGGGUCGAGUGCGGACAGUUCAUCUGUAGAGCUGACCGAUGAGCUGCCCGAUAUGACGUUAGAUAAAGAGGAAAUCGCUAAAGAUCUGCUCUCUGGAGACGAUGAAGAAACACAAUCUUCUGCCGAUGACCUCACACCGUCUGUGACGUCACACGAAACCAAUGAUUUCUUCCCCAGGACUCUUCGCUCGAAUGCAGUUUACGAUGGAGAUAAAGAAUCUGAGGGUGAGGAUGAUGGUUUGAGUCCUGAAGACUCUCGCAAGGAGAUCAUGGUGGGAUCUGAAUAUCAGGCAGAAAUUCCUGCUCUCACCUGUUAUAAUGACCAUGAAAAAGUUUACGCAGAGGAAGAUCAGCUGCUUUGGCAGCCGGAUAUCUUACUCGAGUCAAAAGUCAAAAGCUUCUUGCAGGACGCUCUGAGUGCGGAUGGAAAGUUGAACGGAGAUGGCAAAUGUUCUCUGGUCAAAGACAACGAGCAGGCUUUAUAUGAGCUUUUAAAGUGUAACUACAACGUCCAGGAAGCUCUUGAACGGUAUCGCAGCAACGACAAAUCCUCAAAGGACGAGAUGCUCCCGUGGUCUGAAGAGGAAUGUCGGAAUUUUGAACAUGCUCUUCUGUUGUACGAGAAGAAUUUCCACCUCAUCCAGAAACACAAAGUCAACACACGAACGGUGGCAGAAUGUGUUGCGUUUUACUACAUGUGGAAGAAGUCCGAGCGAUUCGACUUUUUCGUCCAGCAAAACCGAUUCGGGAAGAAGAAGUUCAGCAGUUAUCCUGGCGUUACGGAUCUGAUGGACCGGUUGGUGGAUGAGGCCGAGGGUUUGGUGGAUGGAUCUGCUUCUGUGUGUUCCAGCAGCAGCGGCAGGAUAGAGCCUCCAACCGAACAACAGCUCAACCUGCUCAACUCCAUCACAGCCAGUGACCUCUCCGCGCUGACUAGCACGGUGGCGUCGGUGUGUAACCCCGCAGACGUGAGCUGUCUAGACUCCUACAACUUCUCCUCGCUAGACGGGCUGCACCGCGGACCCCUGAGCCACGAAGAGCCACUCAACUACUCCAGCAACGGAGACGGAGACUGCCUCAACCUGCUGGAAACCGGCUUCUAUCACUCGGACCUCGGCCAGAUCAAUGUGUGCGGCGAGGACUGCGAGCGGCCCCCGGCCAAGCGGCUGAAGAUGGGCCUGUCGGAACCCUUCAUAAACGACAACAGGAGCAUGGGUGUGGAUUUCGAGGGCCGCACGCACCACAUCACAAGUGCCAAAAUGGCGGUUUCAGUCAGUGACUUCGGCGAGGCGGGCAGCUACAUGGGAGCGCACACACUACAUCAGCACACGGCGCUACAGUCGGAGUAACACGAGCGCGCCAACUCUCACGGGACUAGCUGCAAUCCAACAUGUACAUAUUCCUGCGCAUAUUUGCUUUAUUUCGUUUUCCUGAUUAUAUACGUGUGUAUAUAUGUACAGAUUGAUUCUUUUUAGAUCUUUUUUUUUUUUUUUUACUAUGACAUCAGUGAUGUCUAAUUGUACAGACCUAAAUCUUGAUUUCUCAAGAGUUAAUACAGCCAUUUAUUUUCCAGUCUUGAAUUUUUGGAAGUGUCAUAAACGUGUCUACGUCCGAAUACUGUGGAAAACUGAACUGGCAUACUUGGGCCGAGGGCAAGGGGUUUUUCUAAGCCAUGACGACUGGCUGUGAGCUCAGCCUCUCCUGUGGUUCCCAUCAGUGUUUACUCAGCUCAGCCUUCGUCUGAACGGCAUUUACGACCACUUUGUUUCGUUUCGCACCAUUUUGAGCACAAGAACCCAGAAGUUCAGCCCUGGGAGAUUUUCUGCUAUGUUGGCGGACUGCAAAAACAAGCCUACGAACAAUUGAAAGUGGUUCUAGCAAAUAUAUAGGCCCUAAAUACAAUAGAGGUAUUACGACAUGUGUGUGGUUUUAAAAAACAAAAACAAAAAAAAUUUCUACUUCUACGCAUAUUUAUUAGUGUUCCUCUUGCUUUAGCAGUUGGCGUUUGGCGUAUUUAUUGCAAUGAAGACCAUUGGACUGCAUCAUGGUCGUUUUUGUUUCCCGAAAUGGUUGUGAUAUACUGGCACAUGUUUGUUUUUGUUUUUUUGUUUGUUUUUAUUUGUUUGUUUCGAUAUUUCCAGAUCACUAUUUAUUGAAAAACCGUUUUGCAGGGAUUCCUCGCCGCGGGAACAGAACCGGUCCGCAGUUUUACCCGUCUGUUCCCUUCAGUGACCGAUUAUGCAACGUUGUAAAUGAUUUUUCUGUUCAUCACUGCCCGGCACGGCGUUCGUUUGCUGCAAGCACUGACCUGACGUUUAUCUAUGCAUCGAGAAUCGCUUACAGAUGAAACGGAUCAUUUCGGACCUCGUUUGCUCUUUUUUCCAGCUUUUCUGAGUUGUACUUUACAUGCUCUCGUAUGGCAAUAAUUUGUAAAUAUGUACAGAUACCUGACAUACCUUCCUGUUUUUUGUUUUUUUCUUCCUCGGCAAACAGACUUCAACUUGAAGACUUGCUUUUGAGUCUGCUUAUGCCACAAGAAUGCCUUCUCAACUUCCUUUACCGUUCGUUCUACGCUUUUCCUCAUAAGAGAUUUGCUUAAGAAGAGAGUUAUUUAUUUAUUUAUUCACUCAACUGCAAGUGGGUGUAGUGUGUUAGCGUUCUGUAUACGAGUGAAAUAUGGCGUCCUCCUCUCCGCUGGAGAUGAAGGGCCACCAUCGUCUUCACAGGAAGUAGCGGCGCUAGCUGAAUGUACAGUAUUAUCGCAUCUUAGGGAUUUACUGAACUCGAAUGUCUCUCGGUUAAGGCAGAAGCCCGGUUUGCAGUGUUGCCUUAACCCUCAUUCAAAACUUGCAUGUUGCAUCGACCUGGAAACGCUUGGGAGGGUGAUCUAUUGGACGGCUCGUGCUGUGUCUGUAAAAUCGUGUUUCCUCGUACCUGCGGCCAGAAUCCUCCUUAUUAUUAUUAUUAUUAUUAUUAUUUUUUGUCUUGACAUACUUGAAGGAUGUGUAUUGGUCGAUUUAAAUACAAUAUUCUCCAAUUCAGUCCUGUAGGUUGUGCAAUUCAUUUCUUCUGCCCUCCAAGAAUCGAAAAGAGCUUUAGGAAAUUGUGUUGGUGCAGUAAUUUAUGUCCAAAGUUUGUAUAAAAAAAAAAAAGUUAAUGGCUUAAAAUUGAAAUUGUAAUGUAGUAAUGGUUGUCUGCUUCCAGGGAAAAAAAUGUACAUUGAAAAACCUUCCCUUAUCUUUGGAAUGUUUUAUGCUUUAAUUUGUUUCAUAUUCAAUCGGUUUUCAUUCACUUUUAUGCUUUUUGGAGGGGGGAAAGUUGCUAGGUAUAGUUCAGUUUUUCGACAAAUUUUGAUGUAAUACAAUUAUAGUGUUAAAUAGACAAUCAAACGGCGAUUAAUAUUGGAAAAGGAAAUUUUAUCAUUCUUAAUGUUUGUACAUAGACACUGUUCUUGUUUCGUUGGUUUUAUUUUGUAUUUUAUGUUGUACUUAACUGGCAAACCGUUCCAGAAAUAAAGUUCUGGAGAUAUAACAGUG